AUGGCAGCGCGGAAACUCGCAGCCCUCUUCGCCGCGGUCCUGCAACUUUGCUUAUGCCAAAUCACCCCCGAAGUUUUGCCCGAGUUCUUAGCUCCUUUGGAAAAUCACACGGUAAUUCAAGGUCGUGACAUCUUCUUUACCUGCGUCGUUAAUCAUCUGCAGUCGUACAAGGUAGCCUGGAUAAAAUCGGAUUCUCGUGCGAUUCUGGCGAUCCACACGCACAUGGUGGCGCACAACAGCCGACUAUCCGUCACGCACAACGGACACAACACGUGGAAGCUGCACGUGUCGAAUGUCCAGAAGAACGACUCUGGUACCUACAUGUGUCAAGUCAAUACCGACCCCAUGCGCAGCCAGAUGGGGUAUAUGGAAGUAGUGAUACCGCCCGAUAUAAUGGAUGACGAGUCUGCAGAUGGUAUGGUCACUCACGAAGGAGGCAAUAUAAGAUUGCGAUGCGUCGCCACCGGUUCGCCGAAGCCUAUCGUCACUUGGAAACGAGAGGACGGUCGUAACAUUAUCCUCAGAGAAGAUGGGCAGAAACAAUCUCUGAAAACCUUCGUCGGUGAGACGUUGGAACUGACGGGAGUGCUUCGGCAAGAGAUGGGCACGUAUCUCUGCAUAGCCAGCAACAAUGUGCCACCGACGGUCAGCAAGCGUUACUCCGUCGGUGUUCACUUUUCACCUCUUAUUAAAGUGACAAAUCAAUUAGUGGCUGCGCCGAUUAAUAGCGACGUCGUGCUGCAAUGUUACGUCGAAGCGUCACCACAAGCUAUGAAUACUUGGUACAGAGAUGCAGGCGAGAAACUGCUGCCCAGUGACAAAUACGUAAUGACGGAGCAGCCGUUGAACGAGUACUCCUGGCAAAUGAAUCUCACUGUCAAUUCCCUGGAAAAACGGGACUUUGGUGGAUACGUGUGCUCGUCUGUUAACGCGCUCGGGAAGUACGACGGCGUAGUGCGGUUGCAAGAACUUCAUCUUUCCGCGAAGACGACACCGACGACACUCACAAAGAACACGGAUGUUAGGCAGCGCAAGAAGCCAGUAUCGAAGGGUAAAAAAAAGAGCAACAGCAGCAAUGGUAGGCGAGGACACACAGGCGGUUUCGAGGAAGGCGAUUCCGUCAACAGCGAUGAUGAUUUCGGUACCACGCAGAUCAUGACUGGUAGCACUCAAGAGGGCCAAAGAACGGACAGGCCUGUCGUGCCUUCCUUACCGUCACCGCCUUGGGGCAUCGUAAAUGCCGCGAAUCUCAGGCAUCCCCCGGUGUCUGCGAUCUUACUUUUGCUUCUUCUGUCGACCACUUUGUAAGACGAUGAUGGAAGAGCUUCAGAAAUAAAAACGCACUGUUUGAGGAUUUGAGACUCGUGAUGAGAAUGAAGUUGAGAGGAUGAAGCAAAAUCAAGUUGAAAAAGAAGAAAAAAAAAAGAAAUAGGUCUUCCCCUUAUUCGAUAUAACAAGGAUGUAUUUCUAGAUGCGAUCGGAUGUAGUCACUGCUGCGACCAAAAAGACUCCGUCGAAACUUUCGACAGGGUUUCUGUAAAUAUACGCGACACGAUGUCAACACACGUGAGUUAGAGAGGUUUUUCCCCCUCUCUCUUUCUCUUUUUCUCUCGUUUAGACGUAACCGGCGAUUAAUCGGACUGUAGAUAAAAUACAGGUCAAACAAGUUCGUGCAUCGC